AUGGCCAUCAUGGCCAUCACUGCCAUUGCUAACAACUCUUGCCAUCAACUAGAAGAGUUACCAGUGUUCUUUCUGCCACCCAAAAGAUACUGUUUAACAGCACCAAACUACAGGCUUAAGCCUUUAUCAGAAAAGGGGCCUGCUCCAGCUGGAAGGAUAACCGUUCCUCACCUGCAUGUUGGUGCUGUUAUCAGCAGACCCAACACUCCUACUUUGGGCAACCCACCUGCCCAGCCAGCUGCUGCUCCAAAUAAAGCUAGAACCCCUGCAUCAGGGCCACCACAAAAUCAAAGGUUUGCUGUGCAGAUGCCACCCUCCCAAUCUGCUGUUCCCAUACCAGGUAAUGAAAUGAGUGCCAAGCCAGCUGCUCCAGCAGCUCCUGCUGUUCAGAAUGUUAUGAUUAACCAUUCUCUGAUGGGGCAAAAAAACAUCCUCAUCACUACUAAUGUGGUAUCCCAGAAUACCCCAGUUGAGUCACCAAAUGCUUUGAAAAGAAAACAUGAAGAUGACGAUGAUUAUGAUAACUUGUAAACAGCUUCAUCGGACAGCCUCAGUGCAUUUCUAAAGAAGAUAAAUGUAAUCAUGUUAAUUCAUAGGAAAAAAAAG